UAAGCUACUUUGUAAAUGUGUGAGGACAGCAGUGGGGGCUCCUCCCAACAGCCUUCACUGCUGCGAACAGCUUGGAUGGGAGAAAUGCUUAAGUUAACGAUUUCGAAAAGCAGCGGCGUUGAGCACCCUCUGCUGCCUCUCUUUGAACGGGAAACCGACACACCUUGUUUCUGUUGCAGUAAAUUAAAAUUUAGGGUUUUUUUCUAUGGAGGCAGUGUGAAGAUUGCUCCUGGAGCAGUUGUAUGUGUAGAAAGUGAAAUCCGGGGUGAUGUAACCAUAGGACCUAGGACAGUGAUCCACCCUAAAGCACGGAUUAUUGCAGAAGCCGGGCCAAUAGUGAUUGGGGAAGGUAACCUAAUAGAAGAACAGGCGCUUAUCAUAAAUGCUCACCCUGAUAAUAUCACCCCUGAUGCUGAAGAUCCAGAACCAAAACCUAUGAUCAUUGGCACCAAUAAUGUGUUUGAAGUUGGCUGUUAUUCCCAAGCCAUGAAAAUGGGAGAUAAUAAUGUUAUUGAAUCAAAAGCGUAUGUGGGCAGAAACGUAAUCCUGACAAGUGGUUGCAUCAUUGGGGCUUGCUGUAACCUGAAUACAUUUGAGGUCAUCCCUGAGAAUACAGUGAUCUAUGGUGCAGACUGCCUUCGUAGGGUGCAGACUGAGCGACCACAGCCCCAGACACUACAGCUGGAUUUCCUGAUGAAAAUCUUGCCAAACUACCACCACCUAAAGAAGACUAUGAAAGGAAGCUCAACUCCAGUUAAGAACUAAGAACAAUAUACAACAUCAAGAUAACAGUUUGUCUUUGACCACUGUCUUUUGAGAGGGCCACAGUGUUUAUGUGCUCUUAGCAAUUCACAGAUUAAUACAUGUUGACUUUAUUUUAUAAAAUUGAGUCAGAGAGGAAAGUAAUGGAUUUUCAUUAUAACUGUCCUCUGUAAUUACAUAAAAUGCAUUAUUUUCCUAUAUCCUUACUCCUUUCCUGAGAAUUUACAGGUUUGGUUUAUUUUUCUUUUGUCAUAUGUUGGCCAUGAUUUUAGUUGUGUAAAAGAUUCCCUGUGAUAAGAAAGGGCAUAUUACUAUGUAUUUAUAUUCUAGCAUAUGUUGUAUUCAAUAAAAAUGCUAGUGACGGGA